UAAAAAUUGAAAGUAGUCCAUUGGAAACGCGGCGUGGUUUACGGGUCUCAGUCGGUUUGAGUGCGUUUAGUUAGGGUCCUAUUAGCUCAUAGAACGGUUCAUACGGUUACUAUAAGUAUCGCGAAUUUUGUGUGCAGUGAGUGUCGUGAUAAAAGAUCCACCAUGCCAGGAUCCAUAGCGUUCGGGACGAACGAAAAAUGGCGUAUAAACAGGAACAUAUUCGUCCUGGGCUUCGCUUUCAUGAUCCACUUCACGGCUUUCCACGGAGCUGCCAACCUCCAGAGUUCAGUGAACACGGACGCCGCGGCCGGCACCUUCACACUAGCGGCUAUAUACUUCUCUCUCAUCUUGUCAAAUGUGUUUCUACCAGCUAUGGUUAUCAAAUGGCUAGGAUGUAAGUGGACAGUGGCAUUAUCCUUCAUACCUUACAUGCCGUUCAUCGCAGCGCAGUUCUACCCUCGCCUACACACCCUGGUUCCCGCGGGAAUGAUGGUGGGGCUUGGCGGGGGACCUCUUUGGUGUGCUAAGUGUACUUAUUUAUCUGUGGUUGCGGAACCCUACGCGAAGCUGUCUGGUGUCUCUGCGGAUGUGUUGGUGGUUCGAUUCUUUGGUCUUUUCUUCAUGUUCUACCAAAUGGCACAGAUUUGGGGCAACCUUAUAUCUUCAGCGAUCCUAACAUCAAGUUUGGGCGAUAUCAGCACAUACGCGAACGAAACUUUGGCGCCAAAAGCUUUUGCGUUGAUCAACUACACAGAAACAACACCCGACUAUGGGGCAACUUGUGGUGUCAACUUUUGUAGUGGGAGUGACGCUCAUGAGAACACGAACUUGGAGCCUCCUUCAGCUCUGAAGAUACAAGUGAUAGCUGGUGUAUACUUGGCCUGUAUGGCGUGUGCGACCAUCCUUGUUGCUGUUGGAGUGGAUUCGCUUGGCAGGUACAACGCAGGUCGGCAGCCAAUGGCCCACGGCAAGUCUGGUCUGCAGCUGCUGGCGGUCACGUUGCGUCAACUGCGGCACAAGUACCAACUACUCCUUCUGCCUGUUAUUGGUUACAUUGGCGCGGAACAGGCGUUUAUGGCUGCUGAUUUUACACAGGCAUUUGUCGGUUGCGCAUACGGCAUCCCGAACAUUGGUUUCGUGAUGAUUUGCUUCGGUGUCUUCAACGCGCUAGCGGCGCCUGUGGCUGGUGCGAUCGUCAAGCUUACUGGAAGAUACCCUGUUAUGCUUACCGCUCUGAUUUUGAAUUUGUGUCUCAUAACGGCACUGCUCCUGUGGAGACCAGACCCGUCGCAGUGGCUCAUGUUCUACUUCCUAGCAGCUAUCUGGGGGACUGCGGACGCUGUCUGGCUUGUGCAAGUCAAUGCAUUUUCUGGAAUAUUGUUCCCUGGUGACGAAGAAGCGGCAUAUUCAAACUUCAGGCUAUGGGAAGCUACCGGCAGCGUUCUCUCUUAUGCCUCUGCUCCUUAUCUCUGUGUUAGAACCAGAUUAUACACACUCCUAGGUCUGCUUAUAUUAGGAUUCUCAGGAUACACCCUAAUAGAAGUCAUGGAAUAUCGAGUGAAGAGGCGGCACCAUCAAGAGAGAAACUUUGAGCUUGUGGAGAAAAAUGAGCGAGAGUGAUUUUGCUCUAAUUAACUUACAGGCGUUUAAUUUUAUUGACUAAAACAGAUG